AUGUCUUGCUCUUCCCGUGUCUCCUCCUCCAGGGCUGGAGGCAGCAGCUUGGCCAGGCUGUCUGCUGGUGGAAGCAGCUUCAGCAGUAGAGGCAGAUGUGGUCUGGGGGGCGGCUCUGCCCGGGGCUUCCAAAGAGGAGCCGACAGCUAUGGCCUGAGUGGGGAUUCUAGCAGUGGCUUUGGAGGUAGCUUUAGUGGGGGCUUUGAUAACUGCUCUGUAGGAGGUGGUUCUAGCUUCGGCAGGCUCUCUGGAUUCUGUGGAAGUUCUGGAUUAGGCGGUGGUGCUAGUGGAGACUUGCAGUAUGGUGGUUGUAUGGGAGGUGGUGGAGGCAACAGGGGGCUUUUCUCUGGAGGGGAAAAGCAAACCAUGCAGAACCUCAAUGACGGCCUAGCCAAUUACCAAGACAAUGUCAGAGCCCUAGAAGAGGCCAACAAAAUCAAGGAGUGGUGUGACAAAUUUGGGCCUGGGUCUGGAGACGGUGGAUCUAGAAGAGAUUGCAGCAAAUACUAUCCAAUAAUUGAAGAUCUCAGGGACCAGAUCAUUGCAGCCACGAUUAAUAAUGCCAGCAUGACUUCCCCAAUUGACAAUGCUGGACUUGCAGCAGAUGACUUCAAAAUGAAGUAUGAAAACGAGCUCUAUCUAAUGCAGUCAGUUGAAACCUAUGUAAAUGGCCUGCAAAAAGUACUCAGUGAGCUGAAUGUGACCACAUGGCACCUUAAAAUACAGUCCGAAAGCCUAGCAGAAGACCUGGCAUAUCUCCAGAACAACCCCAAGGAAGAAAUGAGCACUUUGCCGAGACAGUCCAGUGGGGACGUGACUGUAGAAAUGAACUCGGCCCCAGGGGCAGAUCUAACCAAGCGGCUGAACUGCCUGAGGAAACAGUAAGAGGAACUGGCUGAGCAAAACCUUAGGGAGGCCGAGGAGUGGUUCAACAAGCAGAGUGCAUCCCUGCAGACACAGAUCUCCACGGAUGCUGAAGCAGUUAGCUCGGCCAAGAGUGAGAAAAUCGAGCUGAAACAAGUCCUCCAGUCCCUCCAGCAUGAACUGCAGUCUGUCUUGGCCAUGCAAAGCUCCCCAGAAGGAACCCUGGCUGACACAGAAGCUGGCUACGUGGCUCAGCUGUCAGAAAUUAAGAUGUAUAUCAGCAUCCUGGAGGAGCAGAUCUGCCAGAUCCUGGGCGAGACUGAAUACCAGAACACAGAGUAUGCACAACUGCAGGACAUCAAGACAUGCCUGGAGGUGGAGAUCGAGACCUACCACCGCCUGCUCGGUGGAGAGGGAGGGUGA